AUGAAGUUCUCGAGCGCUACCACGAUUACGCCGGGCGCCAUGCUAUUCGACGCGAACAAAUCUACCAAAGGGGCCUCGAAGCUGAGGCGCGACCUAAUCAACUCGGAGAUCGCCAAUCUGCGCGAUCUGCUGCCGCUGCCGCAGUCCACCCGACAGCGGCUCUCGCAGCUGCAGCUGAUGGCCCUGGUGUGUGUGUACGUGCGCAAAGCCAACUACUUUCAGCAAGUGUUCAAACGUAGCAUCGACAUCGGCCUACACUCGGCACCGACACCAAAUAUAGGAUUUUCAAAGGCCCUGUCCGGGUUCCUCAUGAUGCUGACGCAGAACGGGAAGCUGCUGUACAUUUCGGAUAAUGCCGCCGAGUAUCUCGGCCACUCGAUGGAAGAUCUGCUCAUACAUGGCGAUUCCGUGUAUGACAUUAUCGACAAGCAGGAUCACGGUGCCAUCCAGAGCGAGCUGAGUCGGGGCGUCUCGCAGCAUCCGGCCGGCGGUGGCUCGCUCGCGCACCACCACCAUCAUCACCAUCAUCAGCAGCAGCAGCAACUUGGGGCUGGCGGUGUCCCCGGCGGCAGCAGCAGCACCGGCACCAAUAAUGCGACCAGCAACAGCAAUCAUCACCAUCAUCACAGCCAUCAUCAGGCGCUGCACCAGCACCACCAAACCCAGCACCAUCAGCUUCACCAUCACCACCAUCACCUGCAUCAUCACGGAGGCUCCCUGUCACCGUCGAGCUCGAGCGCCGGCUCGUCGGCCACCAUCGGCGGCGGUGGCCCUUCGGCGGGUUCGUCGCUUCUCGAUGGCGAGCAGCGAAUCUUUCUCUGCCGGAUGAACGUCAGCCGGAACGCCCGGCGACAGAUGCGGUUCGGCGAUCAGAAGGUGGUGCUGGUACAGGGUCACUAUCUGUCCUAUCUGCCGCUGUGCAGUCGCAACGAGCCGGUCUUCAUCGCGACCUGCACCCCGAUUGCGAUGCCGGAAACGCGGGAAUGCGUCGUCCAGGGUGCGACCAACGUCUUCACCACGAUCCACUCGAUGGACAUGAAGGUGGUGCACAUCGACAAAAAUGGCGAAUUUCAUCUCGGUUACAGUCGGAGCGAGCUGCAGGGCGUCUCCUGGUACCAGCUGCUGCACUGGGAGUCGACGCGGGAGGCCCAGAGCAAGCACAGACUGAUUACGCAAUCGGAACAGGACCGUUCCUGCAUUCUGCUCGUGCGAAUGCAACGGCGCCAAAACGACUUCCUCUGGGUGCACGUGGUCCUGCAGGUACGCGACGGCCAAGACUCGAACCAGCAAUCGGUGAUCGUGUGCACUAAUCAGGUGUUGAGUGACCGCGAGGCGUCCGUGAUGUUGUCCAACUCGUGGCUGUACCACUACUACACUGUGCAGUCGAAGAUGCAGUUUGGGAUUCCGUUCGAGGGUGCCACGAGGAUCCCGCCGAGCGGCUCGUACGCGUACGGGGCCGCGGCCCUCGGGAACCACAGCAACCACUCGCCGGGCGGCGCGGGCUCCGGAGGCGUGGGGCAGACCGGGACCGGGUCUUCCUCCGGUGGCGUCAUAACGGCCGCGGCUGCAUCCGGGCUGGGGUCACACUCGGGCUACUCGGCGUCCCAUUCACAGCAUCACCUCACCGGCUACGGGUUCCACGCGUCACCGUCCGGGCAGCACCAUAACGGCGGUCCGGCCACACCGAUGAUGCACGGCCAUCAUCCGCACCUGCAGCAUCAGCACCAGGCCGGAGUAACGACAACGGCAUCCGCGGGCGACGAAUACGGUACGACGGGGCGGCCGUACGGUUUCCGGCUCGAGUCCGGCAGCCAACCCGUGGACUACAGCGGAGGCCAGCCGACGCCUCCGACAUCGGCACCACCGCCCGGUAUGGGUAACCCCGUGGCCAUCCCGAUCCCGGUCGUACAGGUAACACCACACAUCCGGUGCCACAAUGGCGGAGGUGGCAGUUCCGCCACCAGCAGCGACCGUCACAAUGGGACUCCACCGACGAAGAAGCGGAACGUCAAUCGACUGGAGCCGCUCCACAUCCCGGACAGUGGACCACCGGAAUCUCCGGAGACCUCCGGCGCGAUCGGGGACUACCAUCAACACGCGGGGGCUGGACAGGAGAACGGUGGCCCGCCACCGGGUGAUCUACACGGGCUGGGCAACGGUCUCGGUGGGUCGAUCGACGCCGGUGGUGGUGGUGGUGGCGGUGGGCUUCAGGCGAUGCUCGUUGGACCCACGAUCUCGAGCAGUCGCACCACACUCACCAGCCGGUUGCACUCGAAAUCCGCUAUCCUUCCGCCGACGGUGACGAGCGGGCUGGGUGGGGAACCGACCGAUUUCAUGGAGCAGUGGAACCCGAGCCCGCCCUGGUCGGACACUACGGCGCAGAAGGUCCCGGACAUAACGCACCAGGAGCUGUCGCCGUACAUGACGACGACGCCACCGACGCCAACGAGCGCCCCGCACCAGCUCCUCGGCGGAGGCUUCCCGACGGCCACCACGUUCUCCUUCGACUGGAUGCCGGAACAGUUCGUCCCGAUCGUCACCGACUGUGCGGUCGGUGCGUCGAUCGCGCACCACCACCACCACCCGGGCACCAUCCUACCCGUCACCCAAACGAUACCCAGUUCCAGCGCGCUGACGUGCAUCACCUCGCACGGAGCCGGCAGCAGCAGCACCACCAGCACUGGCUCCAUGGCGCACCACGGCCCCGUCGGCUCCUGUUUGCUACCGGCUUCGUGUCUCACACAGGACGGUCUACCGAUCCCGGGUAUGGCGCCCCUCCCGAUGCCCGUUCCUCUUCAAAUACCGCCACCACCGUGGCCAUCGGACCAUCGGUUGCUGACGCUGGACGGACAUCCGCCGUUGCCUCCUCCGCCGCCACAGCCACCGGGUGGCGAGCACGGAGUCGAACGGAAACAGCCCCUCGACGAAGCGACCACGCGUCACGAGCAGCAGCAGCAGCAGCACUAG